AUGACAGCCUUUGUCAAUUCAAUGUUGGAUCAGUCGUCCGUAGGUUUAUCCUAUUCAAUUGAUACGUUGAUGGAUGCUAUUUGCAUUUGUUUUGUUGCCUGGCAUCUAAGAGCACAAACACGAGACGAUUUAAAACGUCGAGAUUAUCUCGUCUGUUGUGUAAUUGGUGCUCUAUUUAUUGGUUCAUUUUUGGCUAUUGAAAGUCGGGCAAUUCAAAGUAUGAUCGUGCCUCAAGAACCAAGUGGAGAUUGUAAGCACGCGUAUUUUGAUGAUUUAAUUCAAGUAAUGAUGGCAUUAUUUUUAUUUGUUAUUGGAUGGAAACUAAUUAUUGAAGGUAUAGGUUAUAUGAACACAACAUACGCUGAGACAAUAGCUAGAGAGCGACCAAAUUAUGAACCAAACACUUGCCUAUUACCAAAUAGAGAUCAUGCAGACAUUCAACAACCGCCAACAACAAGUAUAGACAAUAGUAAUGCUACUCAAACUGUUUGA